UAAAAGAGCUGUUUCUUAUUUCCCUUCCAUCUAAUUUGGGGAUUUAGGGAUUCUAAUUCUGCUGCAAAGAUUUAUGUGAUUGAAAAUUCUGCUCCAAGAUUAUUGUCUCAUGUUCUUCAGACCUCAUCAAGAUUGAAUUCUGGGGGUUUUAGUUUACCCAUUACAGCUUCAAGACUUCAAAACGGAGUUUAGGGUUCAAGCAUUCCGCUUCGCAAUUUCAAAUUGGAAAAUUACCACUGCAGCAUAUUAAAUUGGGAUUUAAGGAAUUAAUUGUACAUCGAGUUCAUCCAUUCCCACUCUGAAAGGUACUUCCUUUUACAUCUUAUUAUCCAGUGUUUUGAAUAACAAAGUUUGGGGGAUUCUGCGGUUUAACUAUUCAGUUCAGUUUAAGUCUGAAUUCGUAUUCACUUCCUUGGUUAUAGAAAUUUCUUUUAGGUUUUUAAUUUUUCUGAAGGUUUGAUCCGUUCAAGAGGGACCCAAAGAUAUUAUCACAAGAAACACAUUGUCAUCUUCUGGUUUUUCACCGUUUGGAGUGAAGUCAGUUCAUAGUCAUACGCAGUGAUCAGUAGCACAUAUUAGAAUCUGGGGGGUUUCACUUCAAGAAUUGAAGUUAGAUUGUAGGAUUCAACAGUUACAACUCAAGAUCAGCAACUUCUACACACAAAGGUACUCCCUAUUACAUCUUCUAAUUCAGGGUUUUGAACUACAAAUUUUGGGGGUGUGUUUUAGGUUAACUAUGGAAGAUAGAGGGUAUGCACCAUAUACUGAUGGGGAAGAUAGAAUCAGUGAGUUACCUGAUCACUUAAUUCACGAAAUCUUUUCUUCCAUAGAUACUAAAUGGGAAGUCCGAACUUGUGUGUUAUCGAAAAGAUGGAUCAAUAUUUGGAAAUCUCUCCAUGUUUUGAACUUCAGUAGGAGGUCAUUUCUGGAAGACAAGAGAGAUUGUUUUGUAAUGCUUGUAGACAUGGUAUUGAUUUUUCGUUGCCAAGACUUUAAUAUUCAGAGGAUGUGGGUGAAUUGGAGGAGCACUGGUUAUGAUCGUUCGGUUAUAAUGAAUGUUAAUCGAUGGUGUCUUGCUGCCGUUAAGUAUAAUGUUCAAAAUCUAAUUAUAGAAAUCGGUCAGUGUGAUAAUUGGGCAUAUGAAAUCCCACACAGACUUCUAAAUUGCAAAUCACUGACAGAGCUGGCUAUAGAAGUGGACAAUUCCCCUGGAUAUGUAGAUGUUAUUUUUCCAAGAUUAAUAGACUUACCCCAGCUUAAGAAACUGUCCUUUAUUGGGUUAUCAGUCUCUGACGUGGAAUCAUCGAAAAUACUCUUCUCUGGUUGUCCAUCUCUCGAAAAGCUACGCAUAAUUGAUUGUGAUAUCCACACUGAUAAGGAAAGGAAAUUGAUCGUUGACUCUGUCAGCUUAAAGAAGUUUGAAUGCACUUGUUGGUGUAAACAUCUGUUGGCACAAAAUGAUAUUGUGGCCAAUUCUAUCAAGUUAUGUGCUCCAAAUCUAGAGGAACUCAUUUGCAUAUCUGUCAUGAAACAAGAACACUCUUUAGAAAUCUGUUCUCCACUACCCGCGGUUCAGUUCAACAUCAGAUUCACUGGAAAAACAAGAGAUGAGAAUUCGGAAACAUAUGAAAAACUGCCUUUGAAGGAAAAGGAAGUUUAUGCUAAACAAAUGAUUAAAUUUCUGGAAGCGGCUUAUAUGGUGAAAAAAAUGAGACUAUCACCUGGAUUCCUUGAGGUUCUCUUUCGAGCUCCGGACCUAUUAGACUGUCAACCACCUUGCUUAUGUAAUCUACAAGGUUUGGUGCUGGAUAUGUGGUUCACAAGAGGUUGUUUGCGGGCUAUUGCAUACUUAUUUACGAUUUCCCCUAAGAUAACUGAAUUGACUCUUGCAUCGAUGGAGACAAAUUUAGGGGACGUGGGAGAUGAUUGGGAAACAGGAUUGUCAGUGCCUGGAAUGUUGUCUCACCUUGAGCUUAUCAGGAUUAAAGAAGUUGAAGGAAAUUAUAAUGAACUCAAACUUCUCAGUUUUCUGCUGAGAAAUGCCAAGGCUUUGAGGAAAGUGGUGCUGUAUCCUCGCUCUACCAUUGAUAGGGUCAGAGACCAAUUUCUAGUCAAGCUAAAAGCGCUUCCUAGAGCUUCGUCACAUAUCAUACUGCAAUGGCCAGCAACAAAAAGUACCUGCUUCAUAUAAUAAUAUUCAUCUGUCUACUGCUUUCCUAUCUAAACUAAACAAAGUGAGGUGGCUUAAAUUUCUGAUUUGUAAUCUGUACAUCUUUAUGUUCACAAAUGUAAAGGGUGAUUUCUCGAUUGUACAGGUCAAUGGUGUCUCUGCUGUAUUAUUCAUGUCGUGUUUUCGACGGUAACACUUGUUAUGAUGCAUCCAUAUGCUAACCGUUUUAUGA